AUGACCCCCGCCGAUCUCAUGGCACGUUUACCGCCGCUGCUCGUCUUCUCCAGCAUCGUCAACCUCGCCGCCGGUUAUGCGCUGCCGUACCCGACAAAGACGGUCGAGUACCACGAGCUGAACGUUCUGCCGUAUCCCCUCGCGACGGCCGCCCCCGACGAUGGGUUUCUGCUGCGACGACAGCUCAACACCGUUUGCGGUUAUGUAGGAGGAGACCCCGCUCUGCCAGCUACUUGUUCAGCGGGCUCGCAUUGCGUGGUGGACGUUGAGCAUGGUGCUGUUGGAUGUUGUCCUGAUGGAGGAUCUUGCACGCAAGGAGUGUUUACAGGAUGUGUUGAUGGCAACAGCGAUCCUCAGACUGAGGUGAAUCCGUAUGUCUAUACUUGCGGAGGAGGCGACUCUUGCUACAAGAACAGUUACGAGGGUGGAUUCUUCCAGUAUGGAUGUGGCUCGACUUCAGGCUUGGCUACGAAAGUGGUAGCAACCGCUUCGGGCAAGUCUGCUAUUCAACUCACGACCAUCAAGGCUCCUCUUACAGCCACCGCGAUAUCGCUGUCUGAACCGACUACGCUUGGAACUAAGCAGAGGACCUCAACUGGAUCUACCACAAGCAAGGCUUCAACAACAAAGAGUUCGACCACCAAAAGUUCAACUGCAACAAAGACGUCAACGACGGAGACUGAGAGUUCCACGGAAUCAACUUCAACUACAAAAACCACAAAGACUUCAUCAACUGCUUCAACAACAGAAACUGAGUCGGAAACCGAGACUGCAAGCAGGACGUCGGACGAGGAUGCCGCAACCUCAACUGCUGCGGCUGCAGCUCCGGAUACAGAUGGCAAAGACAACGGCACCAAAAACACGGGUGCAAUUGUCGGUGGUACCAUCAGCGGCGUAGCCGCCGUCGUCGCCCUAGUCGUGGCCGUCAUUUGGCUCUAUCGGCGACGACAGGCCAACCAGCGCCAGGGGCCGGGCCUGAAACACAAAGUGCAGCACGUCGGUCCCGGUCCUCAUGAUAGACACAACUUUCAGCCGCUACCGUCGAUGCAGGAGGUUGAUGAAACGCAUCCUCCACCUCGCCCACCCCCGCCCCCACCGAAUCCGGUGGCUCGCCGAAACAUCACGCCUAUUCGCGAAGGCGACGAGUAUCACACACCGGAGCCAUGGGAUCCUCCGGCCACGUAUGGGUACUCGGCUACUGCAGUUGGUGGAGGCGCCCACAUGGAGCACGAUGAGAUACCCCUGACCCGCGAGAGUGUCGACUAUCCCCACGGCUACAAUGCGGGCCUGGGGCGGAUCAGCGAAGAAGACCCGAGGCCAGGCACCGCCAUCAGCACACCCGGAGCCAUGAGCAGUCCCAUGGCUGCGUAUCCAGGCCCACGAGGCGGUGGAGGAGGUCCUUUGUGGCAACAAAACCGAGACCCGGGAUGGGUAUAAACCAGGAGACGCUGUAUAUGAUUUGACGAAGAGGAAAAGACGGUUAAAGCACGACAAUGCGCAAUGGGGGCUAUAAUCAGGUUUGUUUCCGGCGUUUUACGGCGAGGCACUGGGAGUUGAUAUCCGGUGGAGGCUGCGUGCAUUGAAAGACAUCUUAUUUCCCCCGGGGUUUGAAAUAAAGAGAAGGGAAGAAAUCGAAAACAAAGACAGCGACGUCAAGAAAUCGGGAAUGAAUUGGAUACAGUAGAUGACGGACUUGGUCAAUCAGGGGUAAUCAUGAGAUAUGAUGGCCACACGGUCACGAGCUGGAGGAUUCAUGGUAGAUAGUUAAUGAUAAAGUAAAUGAUCAAGAUUAAAUCAGCGUUUCCCAAUUCAUGGGC